AUGACACUCGUGAGCGCCACCUAUGCGACAUUCUACCCCGAGGCCGAGAUCCUCGACGACGCGGGGAAGCCCACGGGCAAGAAGAUUGCACGGACGUGCGAGGACCAGGUCACGCUCACGGGCACGCUCACGUCCGGCGCGCCCGUCUCGCUCCACUUCUGCGGGGCCUCGUUGGACGAUCCCAGGUCGAGGGUCCCUUUUGUGUGGAUCUGGCACCCGACGAAGGUGCUGAUCAACGGCGAGGAGUGGGUGUGCGAGCAGAAGCUCGUCGACUGGACCGGUAACAUUGAGGCGGCGUGGGCGGAGAUUGCGAAGGGCGACGAGGGCCGGUACUCGACGUUUGAGGGUGCGAUGAGGGUGUACAAGGUGAUUGAUGCGGUCCGGAGGAGUGCGCGGGAGGAUGUGCGGGUGAACAUUAACUAGAGCAAUCGUGUGG